CGACUGGCGGGAGUGCAAAGACCUACGCAGUACGGAAUACUCCGUAGUUACAUAACUAUCAGCUCACAUUGGGCUUCUCAGCCUGGACAAAGCAACUCCUAUCCUAAUAAUAAGUGGCCAAUAACUAGCUAGCAGCCGGUGGCGGAAAAGCCCCGCCUGAGAUGUUUGCUGAGCGUGGCUGGUUGGUGGUUUCCACUCUUGCCCAGGUGUGGUUUUAGGUCUGGCUGUUUUCUUCCCCGUUAUUUCAAUACUCGCUCCCCCACCCCACCCCCGAGCUGCCAUAGUAAAUGUUGCUUACUUAGUGCUACAGCUUGAUGCCCUUGGGUUUCGUCCCAGAUAUAUCUAUAUCUCUGCGUGCAGUUCACUUUGAUUCACGUUGGACGCUGGAGACUUACUUAACCUGGAAAACUCCUCCGAAUUUCCGAGUUGACGUAUCCCUAAGCUUGUUUACACUCCCGUCCCUUGGCCUCAAACUUUCUUCCCGCAAUAGCUACGUACAUACAAUACCAGCCUUAUAAACGCCAUGGCUCAGCAGGGGACAGGUGCUCCAUUGCCCUGCCAAGGUGUUGGUCCUCUCUACAAACCAGAUGGGGAAAAGCCCACAGCGACAGUCUCGCAGGUUGUCGACUACGAUAAUGUCCAUAUCCUCCCGCAGACUCCUCAGCUAAUUGCACUCCUAACUAUGAUAAGGGACACUCGUACGGAGAGAGCAGAUUUCAUAUUUUACUCGAACAGGAUCAUACGUUUGUUGGUGGAAGAAGGCUUAAAUCACCUACCCGUGGUUGAGCAGUCAGUAACAACUCCAGUCGGCAGGUCAUAUCUUGGAGUCAAAUUCCAAGGGAAAAUAUGUGGUGUAUCUAUCAUGAGGGCAGGAGAAGCUAUGGAGCAGGGCCUACGCGAUUGCUGUAGAUCCGUCCGCAUCGGGAAGAUCUUGAUACAGCGAGACGACGAUACGUGGCAACCCAAGCUCUUCUACGAGAAGCUCCCUAAUGACAUAGCAAGCAGAUGGGUGCUACUCCUGGACCCAAUGUUUGCCACUGGUGGCUCCGCAACGAUGGCAGUUGAUGUACUGAAAUCAAAGGGAGUUCCUGAAGAUCGAAUCUUAUUUUUAAACAUCAUAGCAAGCCCGUCAGGGGUUGCCGACUUCGCUCAGAGGUACCCUAAACUGCGAGUAGUCACGGCAUUUAUCGACCAAGGGCUUGAUGAGAAAAAAUAUAUCAUUCCUGGGCUCGGUGACUUCGGCGACCGAUACUACACAUUGUAGAUGAAGUGGAGAAAGUCGACUAUAUAUAAAAGUCGUAUGAUAUGAUAAACGGCCCUUGAUUCCUGGCAAACCAAUUGUUAUCCCACCGGGGAAUCCCACACCAUUUCAUUGUAGCGCGUGUUCUCGCGGACUAUCGAUUCGGUUGGACAAGUGGGGGCGGGAAGACGUCCGUUGUGCGGUAGCUGAGAGGGCAAAGCCGGUUGGCUAGGAUUCUUUUAUUUUCACAGCCGCGAAAGCAUCCAGACUCCGCAGUCGUGUAUAUAUAAACAUAUAUAUAUAUGUAUGUAUUGCGCGGUUUUUGCUGAAUCCCAUUUCCAUCCAAUAACAUGACGUUUCAGGCUAAAGCAAGCCGAACCAUCACAAAUGCAAUUGAGAAUGACCAGUACCGGACUGCACAUAAAACGCCUUUUAUCAAACUGGGUAAGAAGCGAGGAGAUUAUCGAACAAUUUUUCGUGGUCAGUAGUCAUCAAGGCCGACUUCAGACUGAUCGAGUUCCUCUCUUUCAGCCUCGCGUCUCACCGGACCUGAGGAUCCUUCAUUUGCUCCACGUGCAGUAGUCUCCACAGCAUUGCCAGCGGCGGCGUCCUUAGCAACCGCAUCGCAGGCAUCCACCCAGUCAGAAUAAACAUCGACGGCAGCGGAGAGGUCUAGAGCCAUUGCCGGAGGAGCUGUUAGUGGAAGAACGAUUAUAAUCGCCGCAAGAAUGGAGAAUGUUCCUCACAGUUGAUGCCGGUCUGGAAUCGCUGGCCGCAUAUUUUACAUGACAGGUUCCCGAGACCCAAUUUCUUAUCCAGCUUCACUAUCACACAAUUCUCAUGGUUGCAGAAUAGACAAGAAAAUGUGGUUGGGAGGGGCUCUUUCUGCAAUGAAGUUAGCAAACGGAAUGCCCUACAAGCUCGGAAAUGCGGGUUCAUUAACUUACCUUCCUGGGGGCUGCCGGCUUGCGGCUAGACUUCUUGCGCUUGCCCUGUAGAGGAGAGGGGGAAAUGAGGCGAUCAGUAAAUACACGAGAACAUAGAUAGUUCGGAUCACAAUGUGGCUCGGGGAGGGGGUAAGAGGACUCGACCAUACCAUUUAUCUAUGCUCCUCAAGUGCUUCAGAUCCGCAAACGAAGGCGCCGGGAGACUCAAAGAGGAGGAAUAGAACAACAGGAUAUAUUAGUUUGCUGUUCAAGGGCCCUCUGAGAACAAUGAACCCAUCAUGCGAUAUAUGAUAGCAAUCCGGAUGUCAAUGUCAAACGAGCUUGCUCUGCGACGAUUCAUCGUGAGGAUAUCCUGGUCAUGUGAUUUAGUUGCCCAAGGCUUGGCAUCCUCGAGCUCAUCUGAACCGAAACCUCCGUCGAGAGAAGACUAAUAACA